AUGUGGAAUAUUGAAACCACCUUGAGUCGUCUUCAUUCCCGAAUGUUCAGAGUCAAAAGAAGCAUGCAGCUCUCCCCACGGAACCUCAGAACAAUUCGGCACGUGUUCUCGGAGCAGGUCCUGUGCUGUCAGAACUGGUGGGCUGAGACGUCUUUCUGCCUUGAACUUACAUCAUCCCUGCCUGCCUUGCAGAGCCCAGAGGCUUCUAUUUUUUUUAUGUUUGGAAGCAACCACUGCAAUAACAUUGAUUUUCAAGAGCAAUCUAGUGAUUUAGCUAACACCACCUCUCACUGCGUGCACAUUUUGCUCCGCAGGAUUUAUGUUUUUGUGAUUCCCUUCCUUUGCAGGUGUUACAACUCAGGACUCGGCUCCCGGCCCGCAGACAGGGCAGGCAGCCAUCUGCCUCUCCGCCUCCGAAGCGCCUGCAGGGCUGCACCAGGGACCAGCAGCAGUGUCUCCAUGAAGGCAGCACAGCACAGCGCUGCUCACGACUGCCCAACACAGCGUGCUGCAGAAUGUCCUCUGAGACUGCACCGACCCAGGAAUGGGAACUGCAGUCUUUUUGAAAAGGACAAGACAGACAGCAUGCAGGACUGCUUCGGGCAGGGACUUUGCAGAAUAUUCCAGCACCUCUUUCCUAAAGAGAAAAGUAGGUCCCUUAUAGGAGAGUUAUUCUACACUGAUGUUCUGAUACACUGCAGGUCAGAAGCAGCACUGAGAGUUGCUCAUUAAGGCGGGAAAUGGCCAGAUCCCAAGGGAUGCAGAGUGCCCUCUCCGAGCUGUUGGUUGGAAGAGGUGGUGAGGUUCUUUGCAGGCAAAGGCAAAGGCAAGCAGGCACCCAAUUCCAGAUCCCCAGAAAAACAGUUUGAUUUUCAGUAAUUAAAAAAAAAUAGAAAACAUUUUCUCAACCCACAUAACCCACAUGCAAUUAACUUAAUCAACAAAUCUCGAUUUAUGUUACAAAAAGGUUUAAGUCCCCCUGAAAAAUGGUGAAGUUUGACAUAAGUUACAUUACAGCGAUUCAAACAGAGCGUUUACCAUACUCAGAUUCUGUACAUCUGUGACUCCCGCAUAAACAUUUCCAGAC